AGCUGUCAGAGCAGCUUGUUGCACGACCAGCUUUUUGGUAAACUAACUUGAGUUCGGCGUUAAAACCUAAACCAGUUGCCUGACGAGUCGCGCUUGGCGUGGACCGACGAGAAUGUUCGCUUCGGUUAAAGAGCAAGCCUUAAUUCCCCUGACCUAACGAGUCGUUUGCCGCAGUUUCCAUCGAGCUCUUUUGCCGUCUGCGUGAUUUGUGGUCAAGAAACAGCACCGCAGCGGCAGGUCAUGGUAACCAGAUCCCGGACUGAAGAAAGUGCCUUCUCUGACGACGUUCCUACUUGAAGCUGCUCGCCUCUCCCAUCCUACACUGUAAACAACGCUGGCUUGGCCUCCGAAAAUAUCUCAAUUCCUCAGACUUGCCAAAGCACAAGGAAACUACACGCUUUUUCCGUUCACGGACGCUAUUAGAUACCGUUCCAAGGAGAGCCGUUGCCUUCAGACAUUGCCAUCCACAGCAGUCGAGCUCAAGACCAUUUGGAGACCUGGAGCAUGUUCUUAUUGUUGCGGCGUUGUUGUGCACCUGGGACUAAAUGACUGAUGAACGAGACUGACAGCUUCACUGAUAGCCACCAUCUCCCAGCGCGACAGCCAGCAGGGGUCUGAAUGUGACGUCUCUAUUUAAAGGGCCUCGCCGACGAACCUCAAGACCAGUCACGAAACAGCACAGAAAUACGUUCGCAGACUUUUUUUUUUAAACCCGAAGCAACAAUCCCGCAAACCGACACCAUAGAGCCUGCAGGUUCUCAAACAGCUAUGGCUUUAAACAUCGCGUCGAUACGAGACACGAAGUGGCUGACGCUCGAGGUGUGCCGGCAGUUUCAGAGAGGGACGUGCUCGCGCAGCGACGAGGAAUGCAAAUUCGCUCACCCGCCCAAGAGCUGCCAGGUGGAGAACGGACGGGUGAUCGCUUGCUUCGACUCGCUGAAGGGGCGGUGUACGAGAGAAAACUGUAAGUAUCUUCACCCACCGGCGCAUCUGAAGACGCAGCUGGAAAUCAACGGACGCAACAACCUCAUCCAGCAGAAGACGGCAGCGGCGAUGCUGGCGCAGCAGAUGCAGUUCAUGAUCCCUGGCACCACCAUGCAACCAGUGCCUACAUUUCCCGUCAGCCAAAGUCUGGGCUCAAACCCUGGACUGAGUUACGCUCCGUAUCUGACUCCCAUGAGCCACGGCAUGGGCCUGGUCCCCACAGAGAUGCUCCCCAGCACCCCUGUCAUUGUCCCCGGGAGCCCUCCGGUCAGCGUGCCCAGCUCGUCCUCCACACAGAAGCUCCUGCGCACGGACAAACUCGAGGUGUGUCGCGAGUUUCAGCGAGGCAACUGCGCUCGCGGCGAGACCGACUGCCGCUUCGCCCAUCCCAGCGACAGCCCGAUGAUCGACACGAGCGACAACACGGUCACCGUCUGCAUGGACUACAUCAAGAGCCGCUGCUCGCGCGAGAAGUGCAAGUACUUCCACCCUCCGGCGCACCUGCAGGCCAAGAUCAAAGCCGCCCAGCACCAGGCCAACCAGACCGCCGUCGCAGCGCAGGCCGCCGCCGCAGCCAUGACUCAGUCGACUGCCAAAGCAAUGAAGCGACCCCUCGAGGCAUCUGUAGAUCUGGCGUUUCCACACGGAGUCCUGCAGCCCCUACCAAAGAGACCGGCGCUAGAAAAGAGUAACGGGGCCAGCACGCUCUUCAACCCCAGUGUCUUGCACUACCAACAGGCUUUGGCCAGCGCACAGCUCCAGCAGCCCACCGCUGCGUUCUUUCCCACAGGGUCAGUUCUGUGCAUGGCUCCUGCUAGCAGCAUUGUACCCAUGAUGUACAGUGCUACGCCUGCUACUGUCUCUGCAGCAACAACUCCUGCCACAAGUGUCCCCUACGCAACAACAGCACCAGCCAAUCAGAUCAUCUUGAAGUAAACCGCCGAAGAGGAACAACGGGGUGUCAGGAAGCUGCUUUGAGAAACCCAAAAAGAUCCCCGUGUAAAUACGUCCUGCCCUCCUCCCCUUUAGAGCUACAGCAACCUGCAUGCUAAAGAGUAACACACAGAACACAGGAACACACACCGUAUACCCGUCACGACUCGAGCGCUUUCUAACUUAAAAAACGAGACUAGAAAAUAUAUAUGAAUAUAUAUAAAUAUAUAUAUAAAUAUAUAUAUGUUAAUGUACAGCACGUUUCAUAGAGGCAUAAGUGAGAUUUCAUCCGAAACGAUCGGUCACCCGUCAGAUAAUGUGUAUUUUUCUCCCAUGGUUGUUUUAAAUAAAAUGCACAACGAGUGAGCGACCCCCACACACACACACACACACACACACACACACACACACACACGGUUUGCACUGUCGGAAAUAGUGCUUAAUAAUAAGUGCUUGAUUGUCUUGAACGGGAGGACGUCUCCUGCAGAGUAUGUCUUAAACGUCCCCAUGCACCCUCUAGAAAGGGGAAAGAGGGAUUUCGAUUCUUGUUUUAAUAGCGAAUGUCGCACGGCGGACACACAGAAGAUUGUCUACUGGUCAAAAAGCGCCUCCCUUCUUGGACUUCGGAAAGAUAUUAUUCCUAACUCUUCAUCCCCACUGGCCAAAGAAAGGUUUACAAGGACACCAAGCGCAUCCCGGAGUGCGAAUGUGGCAAACCGCGUGCCAUGCAACCACGUUUCCGUCUGCGUCCCUCUCUGCUAAAGGACUGUGUUUUACUCCUUCCUUUCUUUCUUUUUUUUUGUUUCGUGUUUGUUUUUAAAUGGACGCUGAAUGAUUUCGAUGCGUCUGUGGAAACACCGGCCAUCAGGGAGUCGACUCUGGCUUCUAUCCCGUGCCAAGGGCUUACAUUAAACUGGAGAGCUGCUGUAAAACAAACUCACACACGAGACGGACUUCUUCUCCAGAUUGUCCGGGGGCCCGUCCGCAGUCCCACUCACACGGUGCCCGGCGAGCGGAGAGAGAAAAAAAACGAGGACGACGAGGGGGAAACCGUUGCAGUAGACGAUCUUUGUGAAUGGGGGGCUCUCGCCGAGCUCUCGCCGAUAAUCCUGUUUUAUUUGAUAAACAGUAGAAGUGCCUGAAAAAAAAAAAAAAAAAACGACAAAAACAAAAAAAAAUCUAUUUUACACAGCAAGCAUCUUGAGAAGAUGACUUUAUGCGGGGGUCGGGGGGGUUCUCAAAACGUUCGAAAGCGAAGCUCCCGAAAUGAUUUUGGCCAGACGAGCGAGGGGGGAAAAAAACGGAAAAAAAAACGCAUUUCAUGCACAUCACGGUCUGUUUCAUUACACAAUAUCGAUGUCGCUCGAAUCGGAGCGUAGGAGGAAUGUUCGUUUCGUCGUACGAUGUUGGCUUUUAUGCUUUCUCGGAGUAGUUGACGUUGGAGAUGUAAGGAACUUAAGGAGCUCAAUGUCUGUAACGCGCGUGAUGUUUGGAGUUUGGUGAACGAAUGUCGUUGCGGUGUGUUCUUAACCAGUUAUGUUGUCGGCUGCCUGUUAAAGGGACGGCUCACCCAAAAAAUGAACAUUAGCACUGCAUCACUUGCUCGGCAGUGAAUGGGUGCCGUCGGAGCACCCAUCCACAGCGCUCCUGUCCGUCAGUCAACGUCUGGAGAAGAUAAAAGCAGCGGUUUGGUGUUGAAAACGUCUUAAUGAUGCUUCUGUUUUUUACGAACGCACAGCUUUUGCCGUCUAAAGGCGUCACCUGAUUGGCUGGAGCGCUGUGGGUGUUUUCGUCGGCUGCUCGGACUCUCAUUCUGACGGCACCCAUUCACUGCAGUGCUGCACGUCUCCAGAUCUGAUGAAGAAUCAAAGUCGGAUGGCCUUAGGUUGAGGAAAUGUGCCGCAAACGUCAUUUUUUCCCGGUGAACUGUUUCUUUAGCAAACGCGUCUGUCGUUUUCUUACUAUAACGAAUCAUCGUUUAGUUUUAAUUUGGAUGGUGUUUUACCUGGAAUAGCGCACACGGCCUUGUUUUUCUCCCCGACGUGUGAUGGGUGAAGCGUGUGUAUCUGCAUGCCUGCGCGAGUGUGUUAGCGAUCCAAUCAGAACCAUCAUGUAUUUUCAUGGUGCUCGAUUAACACAGACAAUCCACAAAGAGACGUUUGGUUUCGCAGGAAUACGGCACUGGUCCUAGCAUUUUCAUUUUUAAAUUCAUGUCAAAAAAAAAAAUUUUUUUUUUUUUUCUUCUUUUUUUCCGCUGUUGUCGCAAAAGUUACAGUUUUAAUGUAAUUUUUGACGUGGAAAGUGAUUUAAAUAUAUUUUAUUGUCAUUCUGUUCACUCUUUAUUUUUCCGUUUUGUUAAAUACUAGAACACAGAACAAUGGUGUAACCUAUUUUAAAAAUGAAUGUAAUUUAUUAAGCCGGGCUUAGCUACACGCAGCGGUCCUCGGCCAAUCAGGAGCCGCUUCUAGAUCUCUCUCUCGUUCGGGACGCCGCGUCGUAGCGCAAGCGAGGCUAUAGAAUUGCUUGUGUUAUGUAAAAAUGUUUAUUGUAUAGGUAAUGUUUUACCAAAAAAAAAAAAAAAAAACUAAAAUGUAAAAAAAAAAAAAAAAAAAAAAAAGAACUCCGUAGUAUGAUAGCUAUUUCAUAAUAAUAUUAAUAAUAUUAAGUUGUUGCUGUGGCAACCUAAAAAGUUGCAAAUACUAAAUUUUGGUAUUUUUGUAAAUGAUGUAAUUGUUAAGUUGAUUUUAUUUUUAUUUUAUUUUUUUCGUUCUUUUCUUUUCUUUUUUUUCCUAGAGCACUGUAAAACGUUAGAUUGUAAAGCAGAUAUUGGAAACAUUUCCUAUUUUAUGUCGAGAUUAUAUUACCAGGAGAUUUUUUCGGUAGCAUUUAACGGCCUCUUUAUCGGUGUAACAUUUUAAGAUAGUAGUAAAUACUCACAGAUACAAUAGUGUGACGUAACUUAAGAAACGACUCUAGUGUUGGGUUUAACCCCGUGCCCCGUCCCCUUCCCCGUUUUAGAUUGAAAAAGGAUCUCAAGUACUUGUGAGGAUCGAUUUUUAUAUAUAUAUAUAUAUAUAUAUAUAUAUAUAUAUAUAUAUAUAUAUAUAUAUAUAUAUAUAUGAGACACACACACACAUAUUAUUUAUGAAAGCUGUCCUGGUUUGUUCAACAACUUAAACGAAUUAACGAUUGCACUUUGAUUUCUUGUAACCGUAGGAUGUUCAUUUCAGAAAACCGAUGCACAAUGAAUAUGGUAUGGCAACACGGAUCAACGACGGUUGUUUUAUUGCUUUAGUUAAACCAGAGAACUAAAUAUUCUGUAAGCAUCUUGCAUGGUAUUUUAUGUCAAAUUUAAGAAGUUAUUUUCAAUUUAACCUGAGAAAAUAAUAAUAAUAAAAAAGAAAAAAAAAAAAAAAAAAAAGGAAAUAUAUUGAAUGUUUCUAUCUACACUAUAAAAGAAAAAAAAACCUGCACAUGUGAUGAAGGUAACGGUUGUCCUUAAUUUGGGAUUUCUUACGCCCCGAAAGAAAUGUACAGAGUUUCGGGACAAAACAAUUGUUGACUGAUGGUGAAAAAGCACUUUGGAAUCAGUUGAUAUACUGAGCAGACACAGCGUAUCCAAACACUUUGCCUUACCUUUAGUCCAUUGUUUAAGCUUUUGUGUUUCAGAGCUAUUAAUAUGUACUAGGGUGUCAACAGGUCUACUGAACUUACUUCUCACCUCCAUUUAUAUACCAAUAUAUACUAUACCUAUAACUAAUGUAAGAGUUUUUUAUGAUUAUUAUUAUUAUUUCCAAGCAUUGUCACUGAGAGGCCCAAAGGUUUGACGGUGUUGAUGCUUUUCAAUGCCCUUUCCUGUUUGCGAUGAGAUGCCGCUCUCAAGGGAUUGUGGGUAUUUACGCUGUGCUGCUUGACUACCAUCUGUAAUGCAGUAUGCCCAUCCACACACACACACACACACACACACAUCCACAGAGAUAA